UUUAAAACGUAAAAGACUAAAAGAAAUAUGAGGUUUGUUCCCUUGAAAACUUACUAGAGCAGUUGGUGGAUGCAUGGAUUGACACACAAUGCCAAUUGAUUAGUCGAUUGAUUUGUCUAGUGUUAAUGCUGCUCGUUUCAACAGCUAUUACGAAGAGAACCUUUUCAACAAUGAAAUAUGUGAGAACUGAUUUGAAACAGUGUAUACUAUUGGUAUGGAUGUAGGCUCCAUUAUUAAUGCAUCACUAAAUUAAAAUACCGUCGUGUACAAUUUACAUUGGAAAAAAACUAUAAUCAUUAUGUUUUUUACUAUUCAAUUUUCUAAUGAAACUCGGCUCAGUGCUCUUUUGUGUUCUGGAUCCGCCGCUGUUUGUCUAUGCCGCGUUUCGCAAAGAUGAUAGGUGUUCAAAGUCCACGAGCCUAGCUUCUUGACAAAUGACACGCCCCUUCUGCCUGGCGGUGGACGUCCUCACUCCGACGGGCCUAUUCGCCACCAACUACGGCGCCUACUGGCGGCAGAUGCGGCAUAUAUGCACGGCGGAGAUGCUGAGCACGAGGGCGGGUGCAGUCGCUGAGCUGGGCGAGGGAGCAGUGGCGUGGGAGAUGGUGGACUCCAUCUCUUCGUCGGCUAAGAAGACCAAUCCCGUCAACCUCAGCGAGAUGAUAUUCGCCCGUGACGAACAAUACGACGUCGCUCGCGGCGUUCGGCAUGAAGUGCGGGGACAGCGAGGAGUUCGUCAGGUUGCUGAAGAGGGCGGUGGUUCUGAGCGGCGGGUUCGAGCUGCCGGACUUGUUUCCGACGUUGAAGUUCUUGAGGUGGAAGGGUCUGAGUUGGGCUAGGGCUGAGCUGGAGAGGAUCAAACUGAAAUUUGACAUGAUUCUUGGGGAGAUCAUUGAGGAUCAUAAGAUCAAGAGGAGGGAAAAUAGUACUAAAGAAAGAUUUGGUUGAUGUUCUGUUGAAGAUUCAGGAACCUGGAUGUACAAAUCACUACUCGAGAUAUUAAACUAUGAUGGUACAUCCCUACCAUUUUUCUAUGAUGGUACUGUUGGGCCGUUGGGAUCACCACCUAAAUCAAGGCCCAUGGAGUAGGAGGCGGCCCAAAAGGGGAAAAGGCUCAAAGAAAGUCAAAGUACGAUGUGGAUUGGCCCGGCGACCAGCAUAUCAGUUACAAGGCGUUAACGCCUGGGGAUAGUACGAUUGGUGGAGCAGGUACAAUGACAACACAUUAAAUGCCGCCGCGAGCGUACCUCGUAAACAAGCCCGGCCCAGGCCCUGUGCUGGCCUGACCCACAACACAGGGCCUCAAGAAUAUUGGGGCCUCAUUAGCCCAACCCAGUCCAAUUCAUACAACAAUAUAUUUAUAUAUUAAAAAUAAAUUGAAAUUUGGAAAAAGGAAGAAGAAAAGCCAUUGUCUCCACUCUUCCUCCUCUCACAGGCCACAACGGCCUCUCAACUCCCCUUUCCCAAAAUCAAAUUGCAGACACCACAAUCAAUUCCAUAAUUCCCCAAAACAAAUUAGCUUUCAACUAAUUAACUCCUAAAAGUUAUUACUUUCCCAAACCUUCAUCUAAUGACUAAUCAAUGUUGAACAAUCAAGUAAUCAACAAUCCAACCUUCAAUUCUCCUAAUCAAUGUUCACUAAUCAGCUCAAUCCCCUCCUUAAUAGUCGGCCAAAAAAUGAAAGGAGAAGGAGCCGAAAUCAAACCCAAGUCUCCCAUCUUUUGAUUCCAAUUCUCCCCUGAUUGAUUCCCCCCAAAUCUCCAUUCUCAGACCGACAGAAGCUGAGAAGCAGCACGACAACACUGCCUAUCAACGCGCGCCGCCCCUGUUUCAGACUUUCUUCACCCUCGAAUCUCAAUUCCUAGUCCGUGCCGCCGCCGCCGUGUGCGGCUCUCCUUCUUCGCUCUCUGUUGUCUCCGAUCCGCCGCUUUGUAAGUUCCCCUCUCAUCUCUCUCCGUUCAGCUAUUCAAUCGUCUCUGUAUAUUUUAUUUUUUGUUACUUUUAAGUCGAAAGAGGAGAAGGCGGAUGUAGGAUUGGAGGCCGAAGUAUUAUUUGGGCGUUAAUGGCCACAGCUCAUUUGAAGAGUGAAGUCGGCUGGCCUGUUUAGUUUAUAACCAUUUUUUUUUUCAGGAAACUUUUGAUUAAAAUUUUGAUUGGUUU